CAGCGAACACUUAACCUCAAACAUUGUUGUCACUUCAAAAUGUAGCUUUAAAAAUGCAUUUAUACUUUAAAUUGUUUUUAUUUUCUGUGGGUUUUGUUGCGGGAGCGUUUUUGGCUGUUGUGUACGUGGAUUUAUCAUCUGACAAGGAUGUUUUGAUUGUAAAAAAUCAGAGACCUUUUGUUCAGUAUCAAUAUGAAGAUUGGUUUAAAAAACAAGGUUUAAGGAGAGAGAAUCGUUUAUGGGAUGAAUUGCGGUAUGAAAAUAAGUCUCAGUAUUUAGAAUCUAAUUAUUUAUUUGGUAAAAUAUCCGUCCUUUGUGUGAUACUAGUUAAAUUUGAAAGAAAUGUUAAAGCUGCUAAUGAAACAUGGGCAAAAGGUUGCAAUGGAAUAGAUUUAUUAUAUUUACAAGAAAAAAAUCGAAAACUGCCUGGAAAGCGUACAAAAGAGAAAGCCCCACCUGUAUUACUAUGCAAUAAUUUAUUAACAGUACCUGAUAAGUAUGACUGGGUUUUGGUCGUUUAUGAUGACACUUUUGUUAUAAUGGAGAAUUUGCGUUACUUUUUGGCACCGCUAAACGCAAAGCAAGAUUAUUAUUUGGGCCACACUGUGACUUUUUGGAGUAGAGACUAUAAUUUAGGACAGGCUGGUUAUGUAAUAAGUAAAGGGGCUUUAGAUAAGCUUAAAUCUAAUUUAAGCGAGCCUGAUGCAUGUUUUAAGGAUUUAAUUUAUUAUAAUAAAGAGGAUUUUUAUAUUGGUAAGCAGUUGGGAAAAUUAAAUAUAUCCCCUUCUGAUACCAGGGAUUUAAAUGGCUUGUCAACGUUUUUUCCCUAUAAUUGGUAUCAUGUGUUUUUCCCUGGGGAAACAUAUUUUCAGUUAAGCAAAUAUCCUGUUAAAUGUUGCAGUGAAAGGGCUAUAUCAUUUAAUGCCAUUGAGGGCCAUAAAAUGUACACAUACUACUAUUUAUUUUACACUCUUCAACAAUUCAUUGAUGGAAAAAAUGGAAACAUUCCUUUAAUUAACAAAGAUCCAGAGGAUAAGGUUUGGAAAAGUUUUCUUAAAGAGAGAAAUAUACCAAGUGAUCACAUAACAAGCUAUGAGUACUAUAAAGUGUGGGAAGAUCUGGUGGAAGACCCUAAUUCAUUUGCUAAGAAUUUAAAACGAGAAGAACACUCUGACUUGUGAUGAUAGAAAAUUAUAAUUUUAGGUCUUUUUAUAUGUUUUUAAUAAAAUAAUAAUCUUACUUUGUUCGUCCAUUUUAUUAGUAAAUAAUCCACACAAUCAAG